GUACGGAGCUAACUGCUCGAGUCUGUGUGGAAAAUGCAGAGAUAAUCAAAGGUGCCAUCACGUGACUGGACGUUGCCCUGGAAACUGUUCACCUGGUUGGAAACCACCUGGAAAGUGUGAUGAAGAAUGUGACACAGGGACGUAUGGAGAAAACUGCUGGUACGGAUGUAGUGCGAACUGUUAUCUGGGUAAUAUCUGUGACAAGGGAAAUGGUUCCUGUAUCAAAGGUUGCAAAACAGGGUGGACAUCAAGAUUUUGUAAUAAAACUUGUAAAGAUGGCUUGUACGGACCCAACUGUAAACUCCAAUGUAGCAGCCAUUGCUUCAACAACGCCAUCUGCGAUAGAGAAACAGGGUUAUGUCCUCUUGGUUGUCAUGAAGGAUAUGUCUCACCACUCUGUCAUCAAACAUCCCAAAAUACAAGCAUGCAGGAUUUAAUUGGACCUAUCAUAGGGAUUGCCAUUGGGUCAUCUUUAGCUGCAUAUUUCAUCAUUGUCCUUCUAAAGCACAU